AGUAUGGCGGAGGGGGAAAGUGAUUUGGAAACAGACAGGCUAGAAUUGGAACUGGAGACUUUGUACAUAUACUCUAACGACAAUUCUUCGGUACAAAGCAAAGAAUAUUGCUCCGAGUUUUGUAAGCUGGUAGAGGUGCACACAGGGAGAUGGCAGGUGCCGCUGCCCCAGCUGAAGGUGCUGCGGACGGCUCUGACCUGCUUCACCAGAGCCACUGUUGCCUACCCCGAUGACUGUCAGCACGUCUGUUAUGCUCUCAGCAGCUUGGCUUUGAGCUUCUUUGAGCUGAUGUUGUUCUUCGGGAAAGAGGAGUUCCUAGAGGCCCCCCUGAGGGACAUAUUAGCCUCUUUUCAGGCCUGCCAUCGCCGCCUGCUGAGACACAGGAACGUGUACCUGCUGCAGGUGAGGCAGAUCAUCAAAGAUGGCGGUCCCUGGGAGAGACCCGCUCUGCAAGCCAUCCUGAAAGACACAGCCCUCACACAGACAGAAGUGGAGAAGUAUUUGAGCUCAGAGAAGCCAGUGUUCUUUGAGCUGCGUGUGCGGUACCUGCAGGCCUGUGAGCGCGUGCAGGAGGCCAUGGCCCUGGCUAAGUGCUGCCUGGAGUACCCAGAGGUGUGGAGGCACCUGUUCUUCCACCAGGCCUACCUCACCUGCCUGUACAAGGCCUCACUACACCAACACCUGCACGAGGAGAUGGCUGAGAUAGAUGGCAGAGACGCAGUAGAGAUAAUCUGUAACGCAGAGAGCCAGGAGAAAGAUGAGCUGCUGCUGUCUCUGUGCAAAGCCUUCCUCAGCCAACAGCUACACAACGGAGACAUGUACUACAUCUGGGAUCUGGUGUUCUUGUGGAGCAGACUGUACCUCAGGGCCCAUCCCUCUAAGCAGGGAUUUCUGUCUGAGUGUCGCCAGCUGAUGGUCUUCGCCAUCAACGCCAGCGCCAUCUUCCCCUUCAUCAAAGUCAUCACAGCAGAGAUGGGUAGUGAGGGAGUGCCGUUGUGUGUGGAGCUUUGUGCUACAGCGUUACAGACAGACCUCCAGUCUGACCCUGUAACACGCUGUCUGCUGUGUAAGACCAUCGCCUUCCUGCUCCCCAGGGACCUGGAGGUAUGUCGCCUCUGUGCCCUGCUGGUGUUCUGUCUGGAACGUAGCAUGGAGGCCUACAAGACCAUGUAUCUGCUCUACACAUACCCCGAUGAGGAGCCACACCCCCAGCACACCCAUGUCAGAACCAACAUCCGCUUCUAUAUCCUACAGGUGCUGAAGGAAGGUCUGUUCUUUGACCCAGAGUUCUGGAAUCUGCUGACCCUGAGAACCCACUGUCUGGAGCUGAUGACUGACAAGGCCAUGAGGGAUGCUCUCAAUGAGCUGAAGGAGGAAGAGGAGUUGGAGCAGGUGGAGGAGGAGUGGAUACCAAGCUACUGGAUGGAGGAGGAGACAUGCAGAAUACACACAGACGCCUCCCACCUCCACCCACACACCAACACAGCACUGGAGAGCUCUGACACUGUAGGUCAGGAACCUGAAGAGGGAUUGAAUGGGGAUGCUCCUGAGUCACAGACAGAGGACUUCCCUGUGAGGAGGAGGAGGAGGAGGAGGAAGAGGAGGUGGAGGAGGAGGAGAAGAAACUGUAGGUCAGAUAUUGAGUAUGCUGACGACCCAGACAUUAAGUACUCCCUCAUUCACAAUCUCAGUUCUGAAAGCUCCACCAAGCUACCGGCCAAUCGGCAGAGAGAAUACCUGGCCAGACAUGUGAAGAACAAGAUCCUGAAGAGACGCAGCAGGAAACCAAGAUGGCUGCUCCUGGAGAUGACCAGACAGACGGAGAACAUGUCCCCAGGGGGAAUGAGGGAGAAGCGACGGGAGGGAAUGAGAGGAGAGGGUAAGAGACAGGGAGAGGAGGGGAAAGAGAGGGGGCAUGAAAAGGAGGAUAAGAGAGAGAUGAGGCAGGGAAGGGAGAGUAAGAGACCUUAUCGUCGGACUAUAUCUGGCAUGGAGCUGUCCUUCCCUGAAAAUGAAGUGCCUGUUGACCAGGAAGUGGUAGAGAGUCAUCUAGAACCCAGUGUUCGUAUUAAACAACAGCACAGUGAGUCUGAGAAAUAUGUUAACAUGGGACAGCCUAAUGGUGUAUAUGGUGAGAGACCGUUUAAGUAUAAACCAGAGUCAGACGUAGAGACUUAUGUGGUGGAGCCUUCGGCAGGGGGGCCUUCGGCGGUGGAGCCUUUAGAAGUGGAGCCUUCAGAGGUAGACCCUUCAGACGCAAAGCCUUUAGACUCCAAACGUUCAGUAGUAGAGCCUUCUGACAUAGAGCCUUUAGAAGUAGAGCCUUUAGAAGUAGAGCCUUUAGAAGUAGAGCCUUUAGAAGUAGAGCCUUUAGAAGUAGAGCCUUUAGAAGUAGAGCCUUCAGGUGUGAAGGUUUUAGAAGGUCCCAGUGAGCAGACUGACCCAGAGUUGGAUGGUCCAGCCUUGGAGAUGGAGGAGUGUCCACUGAAACUGUUCCACAUCUACGCCAAACUUUCCAAAGGGACAGCUGCUAAGGAACUACUUUCUAGAGAAAGUGAAUUCACAGUGACAGAGGCGGGAUCAGACUCAAACACUCAGGGUGAAGAGACUGAGCCAGGCAAGGCUCCAGUACGCUCCAAACACCUGCGCUUCCACUGCAGCCACUGCCAGAAACUCUUCAAAGGAGGCAACGUGGUGAGACACACCCUGGCCCACCUGAAGCUGAGAAAGACCAGGCUCAGCUGUGUCUUCUGCGGUAAACACUUCCAAAGGUACAACCGUGCCAAGGAACACGUUCUAGAGCACAUAGAGGAACUGAGAACUUCCACAGCCAACAUUAAGGUCAAACCCGCUGUCAAUGGGGAGACAUAUUCCUCAAAGAAUAUUAAUCAAGCCUCAGAGAACGAAGCGAAACCCGUUGAGAACUUGACCGAGCCCUCGACUCCGACGGACCAGCCUCCUAAACCCAAACGUGUUAAAGCCAAGCCGGUGGUGAGUAAGCAGAGUAGAAUCAUCCAGAACCUGAGAAACCUGAUCAGAAAGACCCAGAAGUGUAAAAUGGACACGGACAACCUGAAGUCUGUGGAAGUGACUGAUGAACAGGUGACUGUGAAAGACAAAGUGGUGAUCGUGAGAGAGGUGGUGCCUGGGAAGGAGAGCGAGGGAGGAGAGGAGGAGGGGAAGCAGAAGCAGUACCACCUGUGUCCUUCAGAGGGCUGUGACAGCAUCUUUAUGAAGAUCGGCCCAUCGCUGCUGAGACACGCUGUCACCUACCACAGGGAGGACGCAGCCGUCCUGGACAAGACCUUCCAGUGGGGGAAGGGGAAGUGCCAGAUCUGCCAGAGGCUCUUGUUGGUGAUUGAGCACUACAGAGACCACAUGAAGCUUCACGAUGCUCCUCUAAAACAUGCGUGUCUCCACACGAACUGUGGCCAACGCUUCAAGACUGCCCAGGAGCUCAAAGACCACAUAGACACUCACCGCCCUCUCCAGGCCCCCUGUGGGUACUCCGGCUGUAGGGAGAUCUUCUUUACCCUCCCCUCUCUCCACGACCACGAGUGGAGGCACUAUACCCAGCCCCAGUCUAAAGACGAGCUGGAGCAGGGCGCUACCACAGAGCUGAGCCCUGAGGGCGAGGCCCCCUGGAAACAGAGGGCGAAGGGCCAAGAUGUGACAGUGCACGGGUGGAGGGGGCAGAGGGAAACGCCUACUCCCAAAAGCAGGCGCUGUAAUCCUCAUGAGAAGUGCCUUCACUGUAACAGGUACCUGUGGAACCACCAGCACUUCCUAGAACACAUGAAGAUCCAUGAUGCUCCUCUGAAACAGGUGUGUCUCCACCUGAACUGUGGCCAGCGCUUCUCCAGAACCCACUUACUCUGGGAGCACAUGGAUACGCACCUGCCUUUCCAGGCCCCCUGUGGGUACUCCGGCUGUGGGCUGAUCUUCUCCUGCCUCCCCUCUCUCCAUGACCACGAGUGGAGGCAUUACAUCCAGGGCCAGCCUAAUGACGAGCCGACAGAGGAGCAGAGCGCUACCAAAGAGGAGGGGCAGACUCCGGAGUCAGACACCAAUGGUAACGACUAUGACGGCCCAGUGGAGACUCCAGGCACUGUUCAUGGUGCUGUCACCACACCUCCUAAUCAUUGCACACUGAAACUCAUCAAUGGCCAUGAUGAAAAGGAUAAGAAAGACAAAGCCCCCAAGACAGCCGUCCCUGCCACCACUACCACCUCUCCCACACCCCCAUCCCAAACCACCACAUCCACACACCCCCAUCCCAGAAUCUUCCAAAACAUCACUGAGCCAAUGACUAUGAUGGACGUGGACAAUAUCGUCAGUUUGGCUCAGGUGGUGCCUGGCGGAGAGGAACCAGUAAUCGCGGAACACAAGACCUUCAAACUAGAGGAUCCUUCCUUCCUACCACUGGCCAAAGCUCCCCUCAUCCGCCCGCCCCCCUCUACAUACCUGACCGAGGCAGCCCUCAGCAUGCGCAAGCGCAGGAAGCCCAGCGAGGUCACUUCCUGCGGGCCUGGCAAAAAGAGUAAGGCUGCGGUAAAGAGGAGUGUGGUGGGGAAGAAGGAGAUGGUGGCUGAGAAGGAGGCCCCUCAAAGACAGCGCUGCUCCAAGUGUUUCUCCUCCUUCACUAGCACCGAGGAACUGGAGAAACACCUUUCCCAAAAUACCUGCUCCUCCCUCUUCAGCUUCGACUCCGAUGACGACAGUGAGUAGCGUACGUGGGAGUUUCUGUUCACUGAAUUUGUCAAACGGGGAGCUAGGGCUGUGACCAUUAUUACAUUUGGGGUAACGAUUAAUUGUCAUGCAAAUAUCCACUUAUCAUAAUUGUAAUUUGUUGAAACAUGUUUUGAGCUUGUAAUGUACCAUAAUGCAUCUUUGAAAAUGAGCUACGGUACACCUAAUGAAUAGAGCACAGCUUUAUAUCAAAAGGGAGAGAAUGUUUUGAAACAUGAACUUGGUCAACAAUUUUUCUACCAUAUACAAAAAGCAUAGUAAUGUGACAACUCUGUUUUGUAAAGCAAAUAUACAUUUUGUUCUAUUCCUUCCCAGGUUAGUGGUGAAGGGGAGUGAAAUGCUCUUCAUGUUCGAGCACUACAGAGACCAUAUGAAGCUCCACAAUGCUCCUAUCAGACAGGUGUCUCCACUUCUGUGUUUUAUCUGUACUCUGAACUGGGCCUAAUACAGGCACUACUAGCAGACAGUCGGCUCUGAGAGCUGUAGGGCCAGACUCUUGUGGCAGACUAAUACUUGCAGCCUGAAGUUUGCCGGGCACUAAAAAUACAACACACACAAUCCUCUGGAAUCAGUGUUACUGCUACACUUCACUGUACAUACAUGUGGACCGAACAGUACUGCCUUUCAGUCAUUACACUUCUUUGUUCAAUUCUUAUUUGCUUUAAAAUCAGUAUGAAGAAUCACACUGUAGGUAUGGUGCUUCAAAAGUACUUCUAAUUGUAUUUUUAGCCAUAAGUUUUAGUUGGCACAUAAAAUCUAUAUUUUAGUUCAGUAUUUUAACUGAUUUUGUUCUGACAAAUUAAACUGUUUUACAAUGUAUUAGAAAUUGAACUAUGCAUUUAUUUUGUAAAAGAGUCCAAAUGCAUUUGAAAAUAAAAAUCACUGUUGAAGAGCCCAUAAUGGGAUGAAUAUAGUGAUGUGCACUUACCUGCAUUGGUUGAUUAUAUGUACAAAUGUUAUAAGUUUGUACUCAAUGUAAAUAUCCUCAAUUCAACUCUAUUUUUCUUAAAGAAAAGUCACUUUUGUUUUCAAUAAACAAUUUACAG